AUGGCUACUACACCGUCAACUGGUUUGGUUAUCGCCGACCGCUGCGCUGUCUGCCUUCGGACCCAGUCGGAGUUGACGAACAAGCUGAAGCGCUGUGCCGGAUGUUCAGGGCCUAUGUAUUGUAGCAAGGAGUGCCAGAAAAAAGGUUGGCCAGCGCACAAACAACCAUGCCGCGCACAGUGGAAGAAACGGGAAGACGACGUGCGCAUCUAUACCGGAAUGGAACCGCCAACACCUAGCAACAUUGCAGCGCCAGCUCCUCCCGAGACGGUCGCCGCGCUUACUACCGCCAUGCUCGCCUGGGGGGAGCUCUACGCAUACACGUUCACAAAUAUGGCCACGGCGGUCGUGUACCGCAAUGGUGGCUUCGCGAAACACGUCCGUUCCGACACUCACGCAAUCUUGUUCCUCGUCCGCCCCCUGCCUAGGACCCGAUCGGAUUCGGACGGAAACCCUGCACAAAGCUUCCAUCUUUCCGUGGUACGAGUGGUAUCCCGCGCCGAAGCGGAGGGCCUCACAGGUGCUGGCGAGGAGCUGAAGGAAUCGUGGGCCCUAUGGCACGCGAAUUGUCGGACCCGGGAGGCGGCGGUUCGUAGGCAGAUCUAUCGCGACGAUUCCGUGGAAUGCGGCGUGCUACCUGCGCUAUACAUCCUACAAGAUUCCGACGUGAUGUCCAUCAGCACUGUUGUCAUCCACCGUCUAUCGCCAGCCCGCGACAAUCUAACCGACGAGCCCUCGCUCUCCGUCUUUGAGGACAUCACCAGCCACUGCUUGGACAUCAUGCACGCCGGCCUCGUACUCCAGCAUCCCUCAGGACCUGGCCAUAGGCGUCUCCCCGACAUCGGAAAGAUGGUCCGGCAGAAGAAGAGGGAGUGGCGCUGGGAACAUCUACCUGGGUGGGAUUGGACGCAGUCGGAUUACAAGCUGCCUCAGGCCAUGCCCCGCAAGACUGGCCUCAAUGCCGCCAAAUUAUGGGAGCGGUUCUUUUAUGGUUGA